UUAGUUAGUUUGUGAACUGCACACCACUGUUGCUAAAUGAUUUCACUUUUUUACAAAAACAAAAAAUUAAAAGAAAACAACAAUCAAUUUAUUUCAAAGUAGAAUAUAAUUGUAUCUUUUCAAACAAAAUAUGAAUAGUUUAGGAUGGGCUUUAAUAGUGAAACGUGGUUGCUUUUGCUCCAAAGAAACUCUAACAAUUAAUGGGACCAAAUAUACAAUCAAGGACCGACUAGCGCAAGGUGGUUUCAGUUUAAUUGACUUGGCAGAAAAUAAUAUCACACGAAAGUUAUAUGCCGUGAAACGUAUUACAUGUCACAGUAUAGAUGACCAGAAUAUAGCCUUAAGAGAAAUAGAAAACUGCCGUCGCAUCGACUCGGAGAAUGUCAUAAAAGUUAUUGACUUCGAACUGAAAGGCUCUGCUGACAUUGUGAUAAAUACAACGAGCACUUUGUAUAUUGUUUUGCCAUAUUACAAACAUGGUUCGCUGCACGACCACCUUCAAAUGCGUGCCAAGAGGCAAGAUUAUAUGCCAGAAUCGCAAAUAAUGCAAAUUUUCUUGGGCAUAUGCGAGGGACUGAGGGCAAUACACGAAUCGAAACCAGUUCCGUUGGCACAUCGUGACCUGAAAACAGCCAAUAUCUGCUUGUCUGAUUCCUUUGAACCGAUUAUUGUUGAUUUGGGUUCAAUGACCGAGGCACGUCUGCAAAUAUGCGGUCAAAGUGAAGCCCAACGACUGCAAGAUGAGGCGGAGGAGCGUAGUUCUAUUGUCUACCGGGCACCUGAGUUGUUCUCCGUUAAAUCAUAUUGUACGGUAGACGAAAGAACUGACAUAUGGAGUCUUGGCUGCGUUCUAUAUGCAAUGUGUUUUUUUCAUUGUCCCUUUGAUCCAAUUUAUGAGAAAGGUGAUAGUGUGGCCCUUGCUGUUCUCAGUGGCAAUUUAAAUAUUCCUGAAAAUUCGAUAUAUUCACAGGACAUGCAUGAUCUUAUCAGUUACAUGCUGCGAAUGGAUCCCAUGGAAAGGCCCUUCAUUUACAGUGUAAUUGAAAAAUGUCAUGACUUGAUACAAAAACUAGAAGGUCGUGUCUAGCACAUUCCACAGCAGAAGAAUAACUAUUACAUUAUAUCAUUUAAAUCUAUUAAAAACUAUGUUUGUUUACUGAUUUCCAUCAACAUUCUAUUGACUUUAAAGUUAAUUAGUUAAUUUUUUUUUAUUAAAUUUUAUAUAAUUAUGUUUUGUUUUAAAAGUUUUUAUUCAAUAUUCUCAUGCUCUUGUAUGUUUUUCUUUUAUAAAUGAGGCUUUUCUUUUAUAUUAAAAAUAUACAGACAUUUCGAAAUUGUAUUAUGUGCAUUUGAUAGAGUUAAUAAAAUUCAAACAUACAGCUUA